GCUAAGUGACUGUUUACACUUCGUCGGCUGCCUUGGGUUUUCUCGGAGCGUGGAGUCUGUACUAUAAAGGCGUUCUCGUAUCUUCCUGGCACCAUGCCAAAGAAAUCCCAGAAGAAGUCAGCCAAGCUGAGCAGCAUGACUGAGGAAGAGCGGCUUCUUUACCUGCAGAAGAAGGCACUGGCUGAAGAGGAGAUGAGCAAAAAAAAGGAGGAAAUGUUAACACAGUUCCUAAAGGACAAGCUUGCUAAAGAAGAACGGAACAGCAAACUUAAUCUGAACAAGCUCACUCAGCAGUGGCGUGUUCUUAUGAGGGAAACAAAGGCACGGGAGCUAAAGAAGGACAUUGAGAUCUUGAGCCAGACAUUUGAGAGAGUUGUUGAUCGUAAGGACAGUAUUAUCAAGUCUCUAGUUCAAGAUCUGGAAGAGGCGCAGGAUCAGUAUGCCAUGGCGAUAAGGGCCCACCUUCACAACUUGGAUCAUCUCUUUGAGUUGCAAAGGGGGCGGCUGCAUAGUCUAUGGGAGCUAUACUGCACAGAGGAGGAAGAGCUGAAGAAACAGUUCAGCACAGAGAGGGAGUUGAUUAUCACCCAACAUCAAACAGAGAUCUCCCGACUAGAAGAUAUAUGCUUUGCAAUGGAACUGAAUUAUACAGACCGGGAAAAUGAGCUCAGGCAAGAAUUCCACAGCACUCGAGAUGACAUCAAAAAUAAGAAUAUUGAAGAGAAGCACUCUUUACGGAUUCUUUUGGAAGGCAGAGUUGAGGACCUUUGGCAGCAGUUUCAGCAGGCUCAGCGAAGUUACACUGAAGCUACAGAGGACCGCAGGAUUGCCUUUGAAACGCUGAAAGCUAAAGAUGAGAAGAGUGCUAAAGAAAUUGAUAUGCAGAUGAAAAAAAUACAAAGGAUCCAGGACUCGAUUGCAGCUCUUCGUAACCAGUUUUCAACAAAUGCCCGGGAAAGCGAAGAACAAAUUCGAUGCUUAAAGGAGCAGAAAGAGAGGUUUCAGCAGCAAUCUGGAGGGGUCAAGGCUGAAAUGAACCAGAUUCGUGCCUCAGGGAAGAAACAACUGGUGCAGCUCACUCUUCAGAGCAGUGCAACAGCAAAAAAGCUCAAUCACAUAAUGAGCAAGGGGGAACGCAUCGUGAAGCUGGCAGACAUGUGUCGCAAACUGGAAACAGAAGAGGAGAAAGUGUUGCCAUUUUAUAGCUCCUCACUAGGUUUAGAAGAAAGAAGCCAGGUAGAAGCUGUGGCUGCACAGCCUGCUGUUGAACCACUGGCACAGGCACUGAAGGACUAUGCAACAAUGGAAAAAUUCUGGCAACGUUACAACAAAGUCCAGUUGGACCAAUUAGCUUUGGACUGCGAGAAGAGAAGGCUGUUCCAGGAAAACUCCCAGCUUAGGCUUCUUCUCAAGCAGUACCUUGAUGGAAUCUCUGUGAGCGAUGAAAUCCUGACUGAGCUCAAUCCCCUGUUCAUUGUCAACCACCGCACAAAUGCCAGAGCAGAGCCAGUGGCCGUGCCUGUCAUAGAAAACAGGGUGGCAAGGCCAUCUCACAACAUCAUAGAGGCAGCACACAUUGUUCAGCGCACUAUUUAGAAGAGCGGGCACCCCGGGGAGGUGGGUGUCCUCACUAAUCAGAAUGGUUUGACUUUUCAUAGCUGUAUCUUAAAUCCUUAAAACUUGUUUGUCUUUUCCCGGAAAGAUUUGUUCUUAAAUUUUUGAAUUAAGAAUUCUCUCUGACCAGAA